CGCGUGCGAGAGCUUCACCGCCACCGCCUCCGCCUCCAAGCUCUCCCUCCUCUCUCCUGCGUCUUUGGUCUCGACGGUGUUGUUUGUGGGAUUCUCUUCUUGGAGCUUCAAAAUCAGAUACAUCUAGUGUUGAGCAUAAAAUUGCAAUGACGUCCUCAUCAGAUAGCAGGAAGAUAGGGUCAGAAGAAAGUAGACAGGAGCAAGUCAGGUUGAAGCGUGAGAAGCACCAACUAGAUGGGAGAGACGAGGAAGUGGAGUUGUCUUUCCCACUAGUCCGGCAAUCCUCCAUCUAUUCACUCACUCUGGACGAGAUCCAGAACGCAGUCUGUGAGCCAGGAAAGUCAUUCGGCUCCAUGAACAUGGACGAGCUCCUUGCAAACAUUUGGAGUGUGGAAGAGGGUCAAAGCAAUCCUACCUCCUUCCCUCCCGCCACGUCUGCCCCUUCCUCAGCUGGUGCUGGUGCUGGUGCUGGUGGACUCCAACGCCAGGGCUCUCUCACUAUCCCUGCACCUCUAUCUCGCAAGACUGUUGACGAGGUUUGGUCUGAAAUUCAUCGUGGGCAACAGCAACAGCAACAGCAACAACAACAGCAGCAGAAGCAGCAAGCAUUUGGCAAUCUUAACCAUCCUACACCUGCAAAUCCUCCUCGGCAACCAACAUUUGGGGAGAUGACUCUUGAAGACUUCUUGAUAAAAGCUGGGGUUGUACGUGAAGGGUAUAAUGAGCCAUCUCCACAGACACCAACACCGGCAUCCACGCCGAUGCCGACGCCAACGCCACCACCUUAUGGGUUGCCGAGUUUCCAAAUGGGAGUGUCUGAAGGGCCUGGUUAUAGUCAUGUCAUGGGAGUAGGACUCGGGUCUGCUGCUACGUCCAACAGGGAUAUAUGGUUCUGGAUAUGCAGGAAUGACAAACGGGAGAAGAGGAGUGGUGGUGUAGAGAUGUACUAUGGAGGUUGUAACAGUGGGUACAGUGGUGGGAUCGGUUCUCCAUCGAGUCCGGUGUCAUCGGACGGGAUGGGAGCGGGGCAGGUUGAAAAUGUGGUGAGAAUGGAAGCGGGUGGGAAGGGAGGUAGGAAGAGGGCGGCUGAUGGGGCCGUAGAGAAGGUUGUGGAGAGACGACAGCGACGUAUGAUCAAGAAUCGGGAGUCUGCCGCUAGGUCUCGGGCUAGGAAACAGGCCUACACCGUUGAACUUGAGGCGGAGCUCAACCAGCUUAAAGAAGAGAAUGCGCGGCUGAGAGAAGAGGAGCGACAGGUGAUGGAGUUAAGGAAGCAACUGCUUAUUCAGACCAUGGCUGACCAAUCACGGAGCACUGCACACAAACCGGUUCCGACGCUGCGUCAGUGUAAGAGUUGCUACUGGUAGUGUGACCUAGAGUGUUGGUGGUGGUGAUUUGGCCCCUUUCUCUGUUGAUCUAAAGAGCCAACAGGCGUUUAAUAACCAUGGGUUAAUUUGAAUGCCAUACUUUUUUUUUUUGAGGGAAUCAUGGCAGUAUAAACUAGAAAAGCUGUGUGACCAGUAGCCAGCAUGUAAUGUAAUGAGAGGUUUCUUCCUAUGUUUUCAGGCUUUCACCUUUGUUUUUGAGGUUUGUAUGAAUAGGUGGUGUUGUAAGAGGGAACUCAUAAAAUAAAUUGAUGUUAAUUUUACUUCUCA